AUGCAAGCAGGCCAAGCUUCUCGCAUCCCUCACCAUUUUGAGGCCCGUCUCAAGACUAUCAUGCGUAAUAUCCGAGCAACAGGCGCAGAUGCCACUCCUGAUGACUACCAUGUCGUUCUGCAUCAGUUCGCCGCUGUGGGUCACUAUACCGGUGCAAUGCAAGUACUCGCAGAACUCACGCACGUCUGCAAACUGGAUCCAUUCGGCCUAUGCCUCAAAGCAAUCGCACACCCCAGCCAGCACUAUUCACAAGAGUUCGAUGAUGAGGAUGACUUUGGAAUCGCAAACCCCGCGUCGACCGAGCCACACCUAGUAACACCCCACGCCCGGCCUAAUACUACUUCGUACAAUAUCUUACUGAAGCAUAUCUCGCGCGCAGGCCAUGCCACCUUUGCGCGACAUUAUCUCUACCAAGCUGUGCGCCUGGAUUGUUCGGUCGACCGUCUUUUACGGAGUCAACUGUAUCGUGAUCCCCAUGGCACGCUUGCACCGCACUUCAGCCUUAACCGGGGCACCAUAAUACCUGUUUUUGGAGAGUCUAACAGAGACAAGAAUAUAGAGUUGAUGCGAUGGGUUGGAUGGGUUACAAGACAGACCAUACGGAGGAAGAAAAACGAUAUCGCGUGGUACUCUGAGCUACGCGACAGCCUCCCUCCUCCAUUUCCCUCAGAACCAACUUCCUGUAGUUCUUCCAGCUCCUCACCACCAGACGUCUCGACAGCUCUAGAUGUCGGCCUCGACACUCCUUCCACGGCCCCAGAAUUCCACCCACAGGAGAAAAUAUUCGAUAUAAACCUCCACCUGAACAUACUCAUCGCUAAACUUGGACGCUGA